AUGGAGGCCAGAGCACUCUGGCUGCUGGCUGUGGUCCUGGCCUUGGGGUUUUCCAGCUCGGCUGGGGAGUAUGUUGGCCUGUCGGCAAACCAGUGUGCUGUGCCAGCCAAGGACAGGGUGGACUGCGGCUACCCCGAGGUCACCCCAGAGCAGUGCAACAACAGAGGCUGCUGCUUCGACUCCAGCAUCCCUGAGGUGCCCUGGUGCUUCAAGCCUCUCCAAGAAACAGGUGUGUACAUGUGCAAGUGA